AUGAUAGAUUAACUCAAAGACUUAAAAGAUACUUUCGAAGCAGCUCGAUUAUAAAUAGAUCGCAACAAGGAACCACUGGAAGAUCUCUUGAAGAUCGCAGACUUCCUUAAAGCUAUUCACGCCGACCCAGCAGGCUUCCUUGAGAAAUCAGACAAGGACUACCAGAAGUACUUUUUCGAGGACUUCACCAGUGGACUUUUGAAAAGAUUGACAAGGGAAAGGUCAAGAGACGACAAAUAUUUGGAUGUAAUCAGUUCAGUUCUAGAGACAUAUACUCUGUUGUUCAUUGAUUUGCUGAAAUAAGGUGUGUAUAACCAAUAAUUUUUCGACAGUAUAAAGUUUCUGUUUGAACAUGAUUCUAUUCUGCACAACUACUAAUACUAAAUCCCUGAGGAACAACUGAAGUCCCUCAGAAGUGCCAACCAAGAGUGGAGAAAAGGUCUCUAGGAGGGAGACAUGGUUGAUGCAAUUGUUGAUGAAUAAAAUUCAAGAUGUAGCGGAUGGUCGUAAGCUCGCAUAUCUUCUGUCAACGGAGAUAUCCUUCAAUUGGAAUUUAUCUAUGAUGUGAAGGCAGUCGACAGGUACCUAGAUAGGUGGUCAGUUGAAAUCGCCUUGCAUGAGUCCAAGACCAAGGAGAUUUGGGAAUGGAAGACAACUGUGCUCACCAACAUGAUGGUUGACGCCAAUGACAAGUCAGUGUGGAACAAGUCCACCAUUCUUGAUAUCAAGGACAACCAAGUCACUCCCAACAGAAUUGUUAAGAUGGCCUUCGUCGCCUAUAGAGUUUAUAUUGAAAACGGAAGCAAAUCAGAUGACAGAGGAGCUUUUGAAGGAUGGUCUUCCAAAUUCGAUGAGUGGAUUGCCCUCUAUUCUCCAAGAAUAAUGCCUUUCCUGACAAAAACUUUGAAAGGAACUUCUGAUGACUUGGACCUUGAUGAGGAAUUAGAUAGUCUGAUGCCAAUUUAGGAAGGAUUCAGCAGAGUCUAUGCAGUUCCUAGAAUCAGAAAAUGCAUUUCAUCAGUUUUCAUGAGAAUUAUUAACGUGUUUGGUAACAACGGCGGUUUCGAUCUUAUUCUCAAUAUCCUUCAACAGUAAGAAGGUGAAACAACUAAUGAAGAUGGAAAUAAUGUGUAGAGCAUUACACUGAAUGCAAUGGCAUCUUUGAUCUAGAUCAUCGCAUAUCCUUAUCUUGUCUAUCACAAGGAAUUCAUCUAGGAGUUUGGACCUAAAUUGGUCAAUAUCUGUGUUAAAGCACUAAGAGACGCUCCAGAAAAGAGCCUUAGAGAUGUCAGAAGAGAAAAAAUCGAGAGCAUUAUUAAGAGUAUUGAUAGUUUCCAGAGAAGAUUGAUUUCAAGAGAGGAAAGAGAGAAACAGACAGAAGUUCUUAAGCUUGAGGUAUCCUUAGUGUGUUUGAAAUCAUCCUAUCUUGAGAGAAGAAUCCAGGGUAUCAGAGACUUGAACUAAAUCAUCAAGAACUUGAGAAUGUUCAGCACCAGCAACAAAGCCUUCACUGCUCAGUUCUUGAUUCAAUGGAUGCAAGAUAAUGGAGUCUUCGGAAUUCUAUUUGACCCCAAAAAGACUCAUCUCCAAAUUGUUCAAAGAUGUAAUGAUGUCUUGAAGCUCUUACUUCAAGAAAGUGCAUUGACUGAGCAGUUGAUGGAGCAAUUCUGGCAAUUAACAAGAGCUGAUUACAAAUUUGAAGUAUACAAGAUAAUGAACGAAUGCGCCUUCUUCUUCAAGCAAGAGCAUAUUAACUACUUCUUCGAGUAGAUCAGUUAAAUCCCAGGCGAAAAGCUAGCUAUUGAAGAAUUCCAAUGUCUGAGUGAAUUGGGUAAAUUCUCCAAGGAUGACCAGUUCAAGGUGAAUGUAAGUGAGUUCUUCUGGAAGAUCAUUUGCAACUCAGACUUCGUCAAGGAGGACUUAGUAAAUAACUGCAUCAACAAGUUCUGCGAAAUGGUCAAAUUGUGGGAUAUUGGUCGUAAACACUCUUUCUUCAUUGAGCUUACCAAAAACCUUGCUGAAAACAGAUCAUCCAUCUCCAGUCUCAGACUUUUCAAGGGUCUAGUUAAAGAUCAAAAGGAUAGAUAUCAAUAUAACUAUGGCAACUCUCCAACUAAGGAUGCAGCAAAAGAAGAAGUACAAGAAUUGACAUUAGCUUCAUCUCUUGGCACUCUUAUUGAAGAAAACAACUUGAUUGAGGUUAUUAUUGAUAACCUUAGAGAGUAUGUAAACAAUGCCAGGCCAAAGGUUAACGACAGUAACAAAAACGAAACCAGAAAGAAGCUAUUCCUAACCAGCACUAAACACAGCCAUCAUGAAGAGAUUGAUGAAAGACUUACUUUCCUAAAAUAGAUCAUCGUUCCAGCUCAGUCAGCCACAAAAAGUUACAAGAUCACAAAAUCCCAGCUUGGAAAAGUUUAUGAUCUCCUUUGCAAUUCUCAAAACUUUGUUGUUUAAUCAGACUACGAAGAGUUCUUAAAUUGGUGCAAAUCUUCAUGUGAAAUGUCAACUGCUACUGCCUAGAUCCUAGACUUGAAUGAAGUUGGUGAAUUCUUCACUGAAAAGAUGAAUAAUGGGGAACUUGAUCUUAAAAAUCUAAUGGUAGUUGGAUUCGAUUUCUUACAACAAUACUUCAUUAGUGUUAAUGAAAGCCAACAAAAAGUUAUGAAGAUUACUCCCUCCUUGAAACUAGCUAAUAAGUCAAGAUUCAAUAACUAUGGCUAUCAAUCAAUUACCUAUGGCUUCAAUGCAAUGGGAUAAUAUGGCCAAAGAUAGAAUAACAACUAUCCUAAGCAAGAUGAAGAAGUUCAAACUCAAUUUAAGAUUGUUAAGCUACCUUAAGAACUUGACUAGCUAGACAUUGUCUGGAACAUGGCUCUCAACUGUGAGAACCCUAAAGUCGUUCCAAAAGCUAUUGACUUCCUUAUUAGAGUCUACUAUAGCAUCGACAGUGAUUUAGAUACCCAAAAGCUUGACAUUCAAGAUAAUCUUAUUGACAAAUGCUUAUAAAUCCUCAGAGAAUCCAAGGAUGAGGCUACUAUUAUUAGAGUCAUCGAGAUCAUUAAAAGCAUUGUAUUUGAAACUGAAAAGAAAGGAACUGGUGAUGUAAAGCCACACAAUGCUCUACUUAAGGGUGAGCUACUAGAAGGUAUCCUAAUCAAGAAUAGAACUUCAAAUAAGCAAAAGAAUAUCCUAAUGAAGAUCUACUCUAAUGCUACUGUUUGGGACUUCAAGAAAGAAGUUUCAAAGUAACUCGAUCUUGCUCCACAAUACUUGAAACUUGAGAUCUCUGGAGGUAGAGUCAUUAAGGAUCUUGAAAACGGUAAGACACUAGCCUAACUUGGCAUGCAAAGCAAUGAAUAGGUAACUGCCUACAAGAUCACAGUUGAGGAGGAAAUUCCUAAUGCCCCACUAUUGGGAUCAGAUGGCAAACUUUUAGAAAAGCCAACAUAAAUCUUCAACGAAUGGUUUGACAUGUACAGUGAUGAAACUGGAGGUAUGACUAAAGAGACUUGCGCCCUGUUUAUCAAGGGUUGUACUGGUGAGCACCCUCAACCAACUGAUGAUCGUAUUCUCAACAUGUUCAAGAAAUAUGAUAUCAAUUCCGAUGGAAAAAUCGAAAGAACCGAAUUCUUGCAGUUCUAUGUAGAUGCUUGCAGAUCCAAAUCUGAUACAGUCAGAGAGAAUUUGAGACAACAUAAUAUCAGAAAUGAUUUGAAGAAAUUAUCAGAGAUUCAAGAGGAGUCAUCAUUCUCUACCGAAGAUAUGCCAAGAUACAAGAUAUCAAGAAACUAAGAGCAAUUCAACCUACUUAUCUCACUCCUUGAUAGAUAAGACUAAGCUUCUCAAGCCUCAUGGGAUCUUAUUCAAAUGCUUGCAACCAAUCAAUAGCUAUACAAGAAAGUUCUACAGUUAGAGACUGCAACUGAUGCCUCAACAGGUUAAAUUGACUGGUCUAAGUUCUUUGAUGGUCAAUCAGUUUACAAACUGCUUUACACUCUCUAAAUUGUCGAAGCUGUUAUGGAAGAAGGAGAAGGUGAAGGUCUUGAAAGCGUUGUCAUUGUUGAAGAAGUCCAAGAUAAGAAGAAGAAUGUUCCAGUUGCUCCACCUCUUGUUGGCCCUAUGCCACCCGGUGAACUUGUUAACUUUGAUGAGCCAAAGAUCGAAAAGCAAGAGGUUGCCUCCAAUUUGCAAGAAAAGGAGCCAAAUCUUCCAAUUGCAUUGAAAAAGCACUCAACUGUUGUAAGAGAUGAAGACGAGGACAGAUAACUCAGAUCAGGAUGGACUUCAAUGUUCCUCAAGAACAAAGGUUUCCAAUACAUCUUGAAAGUAUUUAUGGAGAAGCAAAUCAACACUGAUGACUAGAACUUGAACUAAUUUGAAUUAAAGCAUAUGGCUUUCUUAUUGAAACUUCUCAGAAUCUUCAUCAGUGCUGCCUUCUCAACCAGCUCCAACUCAUAAAUUUAUGAUUCACUCAACCUCAUUAGAAGAACUUCAUCAAAUGUUCAAGAGGAAGAACCAAACAAGCAAGAAGAGUAAGUCAAUGAAGACUUUUCAAGAUUCGCUGAGUUACAAAAACUCCUAUAAGGCCCCAUUGGUGAGGAAAUCAUCUCUCAAAUUGAUUACUAGCAACUACAAAGCAAGAUCCUCAGCCUUAUUCUACAAAUCUUGACUUCAAGAAGAUCUCAGCAAAUGUCUUUCGAGGACAAACUUAUUGUUGAGAAUGCUCUUAGCCUCUGGGUUGGAUGCAUUCUUCAUAAGAGUGAACUAUUGAAUGACUUCUAUUAAUUCCAAUCAGAUGACUUCAUCCUUUAAGGUCUAUUAUACUGUGAGCAAGAUAAAGUUAGAGAGGAAUUCAAACUAUCACUUGGCCAACUCUCUCAAAGACUUCAAGCAGCUGAUAACGUUAGGUAGACACCAUUAAUCUACUUGUUGAAAUUACUUUCACAAAACUUCUCCUAGAUUUCAAACUAUCACUGCAAGCAGUACUUUGAACUAUUCUGCGAUCUUAUUGAUCAGUACUUUACCUUCAAGAACCUAAGAGUAAGCAGUGACAACUAAGAAGAGGUAUUCAACCCCGAGAGUCUUCUUGGUCUCAUUAUUGAUAAGAUAAAAGAAUACAAUAAGCUAUCCACUCAACCAGCAAUUGAAAGUUCCUCACCAGCAAGUGAUGAUAACUUGCUAUCUGGUGGUGCAGUGUCUGAAUAAGAACAGAUCUACAUAGGUUUGAUUCAACUUACAGGAAAGAUCAUUGAGAACUUCGACAUCAGUUUCAGUGAGAAGAUUGUUGAGCAAAAGAGCCUAAUUGAUGAGAUUUUUGUCAAGUUCCUUUUCGCUUCAGUGUUCCAACAAGACUCUCAGAAUAGCACUGAAAACCUUAGAAUCAAGCCAAGAUCUCGCUCAGGUACUGCUUCAAGCAAAAAGGGAGGAUUUGGCAAGAAGUCAAAGGACUCAGCCUACAAACUCCUAAACUCACUUAUCAAAAAAUCCCCAUUACUAAUGAAUUCCUUCCUCGAGAAGUCCAUGAUCCCUCUUAUGAAUCUGAUUAAGAGACACGAUGGAUGGAAUUACUCGCCACCUGGUUUAUCUGAGAAAUCACAAAAGUACGUUGGCUUAAGAAAUCUCGGAUGCAUUUGCUACUUGAACUCAAUGCUUUAACAGUUCUUCAUGAUCCCCGCUUUCAGAUACAACCUAUUAUGCGUUGAUGAUAAAGUAGCUGACGACAUUCAAGAUUACAAGGGAAUGAAAAUCGAUGAUAACGUAUUGCAUCAACUUUAGAAGCUGAUGGCUCACUUGGAGUUGAGUGACAGACUAGAGUUCAACCCAGUUGAGUUCUGCUUUGCUUUCAAGGACCUUGAUGGAAACCCAACCAACACUGCUGAGCAAAAAGACGCCUAGGAAUUCUUGAAUCUCUCAUUCGACAGAAUCGAAAACUUACUCAGAGGAACUACUCAGAAGUACUUACUUCAGUCAGUGUUCAGCGGCCAAACUUGCAGUCAAAUGGUGUGCAGCGAGUGCCAAAAGACCAAGAACAGAAUCGAAGACUUCUACAACCUUUCACUUACUGUUAAGGACACCAAGUCAAUCUACGACAGCUUGUAGAAGUUGGUUGAAGGAGAGGUGAUUAAUGACUACAACUGCGAGAACUGCAAGAAGAAGGUAGACAUCUCGAGAAGAACUCUGAUUUCUCAAGCACCAAAUGUACUUAUCGUGCACUUGCAGAGAAUUCUGUUCAACUUCGAGACAUUCAGAAAUGACAAGAUCAACACCUACUUCGAGUUCCCAUUCACUCUAGACCUCAAACCUUACUCAUUCUAUGAGGUUAUGAAAAAGGAAAACAGACUUAAGACUGAAAAGGUUGAGGAAGAAGAUCAAGACGCAACUCAAGCUCAGGAUGAAGACAACAUUCUACCAGAAGAAGAAGCUUGCUUUGAAUAUAAAUUGGUUGGAGUAAAUGUUCAUUCCGGUACAGCAAACGCAGGUCACUACUGGUCUUUCAUUAACACGAGAAGAGGUGCUGAAGAGCCAGACGAAGAUGAUCCAGACUGGGGCAAGACUGAAAGCGAUCCUUGGAUGAAGUUCAACGACUCCACUGUCUCAGAAUACAAUGCUGAGAAACUUAAGGAUGAUUGCUUCGGUGGAGACGGUAAAUCAGGAGGUGAUACCGAUUCAUGGUCAUUCGGAGGCAGCUAUGGUCAGAGUGCUUACAUGCUUGUCUACGAGAAGAGACAGAAGAGACCACUUAAGAUCCUUGCUACUCCAGAAGAAGUUGAGCAUAACAAGGAUAAGCUACUCUAUGACGCCAAGAAGGAAGAACAUUACAAGUUGAUUGACUACAGACAAGGUGUAGAGGAUAUUGCGCCAAACCAAAUAUACAAGCAGGUGUUUGAGGACAAUCACAAGUUCGAGUUUGAAAACGACAUCUACUCUAACGAGUUCUAUGAGUUCGUCAGACAAAUAGUACUAGCUGUAAAUGUACUUGAUAAGGACGGCAAGAACUAGAACACCUAGGAACUCUAGAAUGCCAAAGUCAACAUGCUCUCAGUUGCCAAGAAGACUAUUCUUGACUUAUUGGCUAAGAGUUUCCACAAUAACAGUAUCAAGCAAUUAGUUGAAGGUCUGAUUGAUGUGCUUAACAGAGACAAUCUUCUCUGCACUUCCUUCCUCUAAGAAUGCUUCAGAGAUGAUGACUGCAACUAUAUCUUUGACAUUUUGCUAGACUGUACUGAUACCACUAGUAGACUCUACGUUGCCACACUUAUGAAGUUCAUUCUAAAUAAGCUUAAGGUUGUUGAAAAAGAUUACCUAAACGAGACUGUUGAGAUUACUUCAACUAAUCCAAAUGGCGAAGAAGUAACAGUUACUCAGUUCAAGGCAUUAAGUGCAAGAUUCAUUGACAAGGCUCUAAGUCUAUUGAAGACUAAAGUUGCUAAGAACUGGUCCAGAUUCGAUCACUUCCUCGACAUGAUCUACUCCUUCGCUAUGGAGAGCUUUGAAGAUAGCUUCCUAAAGACUCAACCCUUGAAAAUAGUUGAAUAGAAAGAAAAGACCUUAGAUGAUUUAGUGGGAUUAGUAUUCUUGGCUUAAAAUCAAUUUGUGACAAAGGCAUGCGAUUUUAUAUUGUGCAAGAAAUCUCCACUUAUGCAGCCAGGGGAAAAGAGAUUAGAUAUGGGAGGUUACAACGCUCCAAACUUCACACCAUUUGUUAAACUUCUUACUCAUAUGAUCUCCAAUGAGGAAAUCCUUUCAAGAUUUCCACUCUCAGAUAUGGAGAAGAAACUUGUGCUUCAUUAAGAAAUGCUCAAAAUUAUGCUAGGUGCUGCCUCAGGAGCUAAGUAAUUCGGAGUUUGUCUUGCUAACAUGUGCAGAGACAACUACUAACUGAGUCGCAAAGUCUCCAAGGUCUUCAUUAAGGCAUUUAACACCAGCAAUGGAGAUAAUCUAAAGAGCUACUUAAAAGCAUUAAAGCCAUUCCUGAGAAUUGAAGAUGAAUUCAAGCAACUAAAGCUUGAGUGGGUGUUUGGUUUCCCUCAAAUCAAUCAAAAGAAGACCUACAGAGAGGAUAAAUACAAAUACGGAGUGGAGCUAAUAGAUAGAAUCAAUGAAGAUGCUUACACUUAUAUGAGUCCCCUUAUUUCAGGACCAAAUGAUGAGUCUUUGUUCUCUCAACUCUUAAAGUGCAAGAGCAGACAAGAUACCAACUGCAUCCAGUGUUUGGUUGAGAUGCUCAGCUUGAUGUCCAAGGAUGACUAGAUUGCCAGAUUCGUGUACAACACAGCCCCUGUAACCUAUCAAACAGCUAGAUUCAGCGACUGGUUCAGACCAUACCUUGAAUCCCAACUUAUUGACACUCAGAAAUCCUACUCAUUCAAUGGAUUCUUCAAGAAUAAGUAUGAUAAUAUCGUCAAAGCACUUCAGUAUUUAAAUAAAUUCGAGGAGAAGACCAAGGAGUACAAGGAAGAAGAAUAGGCUGCAUAUGAAAAAGAGAAGCUAGAGGACCCAGCUCAAAUGGCUGAAAUUGAAAAAGAUUGGUUAGUGCAUAGCAACACUGAUGUUAUUCCUCACUAUCCACCAAGAUACAUCAUCGGCAAGCAAGCAGCUGAGGAUAGAGAGUUCAUGGUUAUUGACGAUCACCCUAAUGUCAAAGUCACUAUCUAUGAAGUUGCAUGUGAGUACAAUUACAGUAACCCAACAAACUACUUCAACAUCUCACUGCCACACAUUGAAGCUAAGACUAAUAUGUAUCAGACAAUGUCCUACGUUCAAUUCAAGCGUCUCAACUUAGAAAGAGAGAGACAAGCCAAGAUUCAACAAGAAUUGGAUAAUGCUGAAGCUCUGAAAAAUAGCACCGCUUCAACCACACCUUCUGAGGACUAAACAGCUACAUCUACCACUGAAACUGUAACUGAGGAAGCAAACUCCCAAUCAACCUCAAAUGCUGGAGACCCACAAGAAUAGCCAGUAGAGGAAAAGCCAUAGUAAUAGGCCACUAUAGAGGUAUAAGAUUUAACUCCUCUACCAGAAGUUUAGACUAUAAAUUGGUUCUAGAAUCACAAGGAAAUGCCACCAGUUCUGUUGAGAGUAUUAGUUCAAAACAAAAACCGAACCAAAAUGACAGUUAGAGUUACUUUCCAGGGAGAUGAAUAAUCUAACUUGGUAUUACCUAAGUCAGAUGUCAAGGAAAUGUUCUUCGACAAUGACACUAGAUGCUUAUGCCAUUUACAAAAGGUAGCACCACAUAAGCCAUUUGGGGAACUAAAGAUGAGUAUUCAAGUAAAGGAGGAUCUUAAUGCUCCAGCAUAAAGUUCAUCUCAGUCUAAUUAUAGACAGGUCGCUCCAAGCAUCAACAUUAGUGGCAUGGGAGUGAGUGUAGGAGGCUAUGGCACUUAGACUAGCUCUUAUAUAAUGUGCUGGAACUGUAAAAAGAUGAAUGACUUUGGCAUGGACUACUGCGAGGGUUGCGGAGAGUCAUUGACAAGCAUGGAUGUUUAAGAGGACUAUUUCAAGGACGCAGGAACCAACUUCAUGGCUUGA